AUGAGGCAAUCGAAGAAAUGGAAACUGAAAGGUUGUACGAAACUCACAAAAAUGUUUCACUCAAAGAUAUCUUAGGACACGGCACCUACAGAUACUGCUUCUUCCUGGUUCUUUUCUGUGCUUUUCUACCCACGUGUUCCGCCUUGAAUAUGAAGCUGCAGUACCUGGUUUCAUGGCUGAUUAGCUACGGCAUGUCACAAUCUCAAGCCACCUCGGCGAUGACAGCAAUCAGCAUUGUGUCCCUACCGCUGUGCUUCGUGUCACCACUGUUUAUAGAGCGAUGUGGACGUCGUAAAGUCUUUAUACUGAUCGCAGCGCUUUGCACCCUCGAAUGGGUUUUUUUCGGCAUGGCGCAACUACUUCAUGAUGCGGGUGCUACGGAUUUGAGGUUUUCCCAGUUGCUCAGUGUUUUUGGAGCCACGUUGGGUCAAUGUGCUGUCAACUUGGGUCUUUUGGUCAUGGCACCAAUGAUGAUAUCCGAAGUGUGCCCUCAUAACACUAGAGCCACUAUAUCUCAGUUGACUCAAGUGUUACCUGCUGCUGUGGGAACGGUGGAAGUGUUGUUAUUCCCACACCUGCGUUCCUGUCUUGGAGCAGGAAUUUUCUUCUUUUUUUCGGCAUGUUGCGCACUACUUGUAAUCGCUCUCUAUAGGAAGGUUUGUUGA